AUGAGUAAGAGGAAAGCCAGAGAUGCCCACCUCCCGGUCGGGGACUGCGUGGCCCAGCUGCAGCAGGAGUUGAGAAACCGUCUGUGUCGUGAGGAGCUCCCAGAGACGCCCGAAGGAGUGACCGCGCAACACAAACACUUGGUGGAGCUGCUCCGUCGCACAGCGCUCCAUGGGGAGAGUAACUCGGUGCUGGUCGUGGGCCCCCGAGGAGCCGGGAAAACCAUGCUGUUCAAAAGUGUCCUGAAGGAGCUGCUGCAGGACGAGGACAUCUCCCAGACUCUGAUGCAGGUUCAUCUCAACGGCCUUCUGCAGACCGACGACAAAAUCGCUCUGAAGGAGAUCACGCGGCAGCUGCACCUGGAGAACGUGGUCGGCGACAAAGUCUUUGGGAGCUUCGCAGAGAACCUGGCCUUCCUCCUCGAAGCCCUGAAGAAAGGUGACCGCAGCAGCUCCCGGCCCGUGCUCUUCCUCCUGGACGAGUUCGACCUCUUCGUGCACCACAAGAACCAGACGCUGCUCUACAACCUGCUGGACGUGUCGCAGUCGGCCCAGGCCCCGGUGGCGGUGGUGGGUCUGACCUGCCGCCUGGACGUCCUGGAGCUGCUGGAGAAGCGUGUGAAGUCGCGGUUCUCCCACCGGCAGAUCCACCUGUUCUGCAACACCACCUUCCCCGAGUACGUGCGGCGCGUCCAGACCCUGCUGCAGCUGCCCGACACCUUCCCUGACCAGAGGUUUUUACAGGACUGGAACAGCAGCGUCCAGGCUCUUUGUGAACACAGAUCUGUGGAGGACGUUCUUCAGAGGCACUUCAACUCCAGCAAAGACUUCCGCUCUCUGCACGUGCUGCUGGUGCUCUGCCUGAGCCGGGUCUCUGCCUCCAAACCCUCCAUCGCACCUGCAGACGUGGUGGAGGCCAGCCGCACCUACUUCGCAGACGCCAAGGCCAACAUGCUCCACGGUCUGUCCAUCCUGGAACUGUGUCUGAUCAUCGCCAUGAAGCACCUGAGCGAGCUGUACGACGGAGAGCCCUUUAACUUGCAGAUGGUGCACAACGAGUUUAAGAAGUUUCUCCAGAGGAAGUCCAGCUCCAUGUACAACUUUGAGCAGCCUGUGAUCAUGAAGGCCUUCGAGCACCUGCAGCAGCUGGAGCUCAUCCGGCCCCUGGACAGCUCCGGAGCCCGCACCCAGAGGGAGUUCCAGCUGGUGCGCCUCCUGCUGGACACCAGUCAGAUCACAGAGGCCCUGCAGAGGUACCCGCAGUGCCCCACAGACCUGAAGCAGUGGGCCAUGUCUGCCUUUGCAUAA